CAGCAUCAUCAGCUCCACAGCCUUAUCCGCCUUCGCUCGCGGUGCCGCAGCCCUGACUAUUCAUAGCGCCUUCCGUUGCCGUCCACCAUGGUAGCCAACGGUGCGCGCAAAGCGCCGAAGGCGCCCACACACUCAACUAAACAUGGCUUGGUCGAUCCUAGCGCCUACGAUGACAUGUUCACCGACAAGGAAAAGAAGCCCGCCAAGUACAAGCUUAAGAAGCCGACGGUCAAGCAGAGCCAGCCGGGCAACUGGAAGGAGAGUGAGAUAGUUGAUGCGAACGAUAAAAAGAUAGAACCGCCUCCUGGACCCUCCUCGCCGCUCGUUAACCAGCUUGACGAAAAGACAACCGCCGCGUUUGCCACGAAUCGCCCUCUGGAGGACCACCUUGACACCGUCCAGUGCCGUCACUGUCGCCGUCCCGUUUUGCGAACCGCAGCCAAAGACCACAUCAAGGAAUGUCUGGACAAGAAGCAAGCGAAACUGAAGAAGAAGAAGGAAGCCAAGGAAGCGAAAGAGGCCGCCAUUCGCCGUGAGAAGGGAAUCGAAAGCGGCGACGAAGGACCGCCAAAGAAUGCGCGCAAGAGCGCAAAAGGUGCGUUUGACGGCGAGGGUGCCAAGAAGAGCAAGAAGCGCAAAGCCGACGGCGACGCGGAGAAGGCUCCUGCGAAAAAGAAGAAAAAGGACGAGCCAAAGGCCAAGAUCCCGAAGCCCAAGGGCCCGGUCGAUGUGGAGAAGCAGUGUGGUGUCUUGCUGGCUAAUGGAGCCAUGUGCGCGCGCAGUUUGACCUGCAAAUCGCAUUCAAUGGGUGCAAAGCGCGCAGUUCCUGGCCGUUCGCUGCCGUACGACAUGCUGCUGGCACAGUACCAGAAGAAGAACCAGGCCAAGCAGCAGCGCGCUGCCAUCGACGCAAACGCGCCUCUGGCCGACGAUUUCGACAAUCACGGGCCUAUCGACUCGGACGAGGAAAAAGACGCCAUCAUGGCCGCGAUCGCGCGCUCGAAGCCGCAGCCUCUGGCAACCCGGCCACUCAUCUCCACCAAGUCGAAAUAUCAAUACAUACGCAUGAAAGAACUGCUGCACAAUGCGCUAGGCGGCAGCAGGGGCGCCGGCCUCUUCUCGACAGGCGCUGCUCCAGCCGACGGAAACAUAGGCAGUCGAGGCUUUCUAGGCGGCCUCUUUGGCAGUGGCAACGACGGCGGGAGCGCGUUCAGCGGCCUGCUGGGCCACAAUAGCGCCGAGUCGCUGGAUGCGCACAGGCGGCAGACCAGCGUCGGCGGCCCGAGGCAGAUCCUGCCGGGACAGCUGCCACCGCCGUCGAGGAAGCCGAGCGUCUCUGGUGUGGGUACCUUGGGUUAAGAGAGCUGCACGACAUGCACGCUGCACACUUCUUGUGGCCGUGAAAGGGCAUUUUUUAAUGACUGAUAUUUGAGAAUCGGCAGGGGUAUUUUGGUUUUUGACUUGCUGGAUAAGAUCCGCUUUCUUCACGGAUGGAUGGGAGUUUUGGGCAUGGUCCAGAUUGGGAUGAGCUGAAUGUGUGCUACGGAUUAUGGAAAUGGGCGUUAUGGAUGGUGGGAUUGGCGUCAUAUACCCUCUCUACUGCCGCCUUGAUGGCGUGCGGUUCUUGCGGCGAUGGACUCGCGUGGAAUUAUAUCUUUGACAAAGCCGGCGGACAGCGACAGGCCUUGGAUGCAACCGUUUGCAGCCGUCGCGCCUUGGCUGCUGCCUACCAAUUUGUGCUAUU